GUGGGGAGGGUAAAAUAACAUGACCCUGACAAAUACGGCGCGACACAAACUGCUGCGCAUUGCUCCACAGUGAAAGCGGUAUUUUAAUCGGGAGAGGCGGUUCUCGAUUGCUUUGGUCUGACGCGAAGAUGGCAGAAUCCGAGAACGUUUCCGUUCCUUGCUUGAACUCCCUUCUGGAAAUGGACCCCUACCUCAAAUCCUUUGAAAAGGACUUCCAGAGGAGGUAUGGGCUGUUUGAGAAGCAGCUCACACUCCUUGAGGAGGCCGAAGGAGGCUUUGAUCAGUUCACACGCAGCUAUAAAAGUUACGGAGUACAGCGGAUGCCAGACAACAGCCUCGUCUUUAAGGAGUGGGCCCCGGCCGCCGAGGCUCUGUUCCUCACUGGAGACUUCAAUGGCUGGGAUAAUUUUUCCCAUCCCUACACUAAAAAGGACUUUGGAAAAUGGGAGCUGCACAUACCCCCAAAAGAGGACAAGACACCUGCCGUCACUCAUAACUCCAAGCUGAAGGUGGUUGUUCACACCAGAGCAGGAGAGCGCCUGUACCGAUUCUCACCUUGGGCAAAGUAUGUGGCCAGGCAUGAGAAGUCCGUCAUCUAUGAUUGGGUACAUUGGGACCCUCCUCAACCUUACAUUCACAAGAACCCUCGUCCACAGAAGCCCAGGAGCUUACGGAUAUACGAGUCCCACGUUGGCAUUGCUUCUCCGGAGGGCAAAGUGGCAUCCUACAGCAACUUUACACACAACGUGCUGCCUAGGAUCAAAGAUCUUGGUUAUAACUGUAUUCAGCUGAUGGCAAUCAUGGAGCAUGCAUACUAUGCUAGCUUCGGUUACCAGGUGACCAGUUUCUUCGCAGCAUCAAGUCGUUACGGCACCCCAGAGGAACUCAAGGAGCUGAUUGACGUGGCUCACUCUCUGGGUAUCAUCGUCCUGCUCGAUGUGGUGCACAGCCACGCAUCCAAAAACACAGAGGACGGGCUGAACAGAUUUGACGGCUCUGACUCCUGUUUCUUCCACAGCGGGGCCCGUGGAGAACACAGCCUCUGGGACAGCAGACUCUUCAACUACUCUGGCUGGGAGGUGUUGCGAUUUCUCCUGUCAAACCUGCGCUGGUGGAUGGAGGAGUACAGAUUUGAUGGAUUCAGGUUUGAUGGAGUGACGUCUAUGCUCUACCAUCAUCACGGCAUCGGAUCAGGAUUUUCCGGGGAUUAUGCCGAAUACUUUGGACUCCAAGUAGACGAGGACUCUAUUGUCUACCUCAUGUUGGCGAACCAUAUUUUGCACACCCUCUAUCAGGACUGCAUCACUAUUGCAGAGGAUGUGUCCGGUAUGCCCACCCUUUGCCGUCCAGUCCAAGAAGGAGGUCUGGGUUUCGACUAUCGCCUGGCCAUGGCUAUUCCCGACAAAUGGAUCCAAAUCCUUAAGGAGUUCAAGGAUGAAGACUGGAACAUGGGAAACAUCGUGCACACAUUGACCAACAGACGAUACGGCGAGAAAUGCAUCGCUUACGCCGAAAGCCAUGACCAGGCCCUGGUGGGAGAUAAAACACUGGCCUUCUGGCUGAUGGACAAGGAUAUGUACACCAACAUGAGCGCUUUGAUUCCCAUGAACUCUGUUAUUGAUCGGGGCAUCCAGCUCCACAAGAUGAUCCGACUGCUUACCCACGGCCUGGGAGGAGAGGGCUACCUAAACUUCAUGGGCAAUGAGUUUGGUCAUCCGGAAUGGCUGGAUUUUCCCAGAGUCGGCAACAAUGAGAGUUAUCAUUACGCCCGCCGGCAGUUCAACCUCGUGGACAUGGAUCACCUGCGUUACCGGCAACUGUACACUUUCGACCGAGACAUGAACCUGACGGAGGACAAGUACGGCUGGAUAGCUGCUCCCCCGGCUUACAUCAGCGCCAAACACGAGGGAGACAAGGUGAUCAUCUUCGAGAGGGCCAACGUCAUCUUCAUCUUCAACUUCCACCCAACUAACAGCUACAGCAGCUACAGAGUGGCAGUGGGGCCGCCGGGGAAAUAUAAGAUCAAAUUGGAUUCGGAUGAAAUCCAGUAUGGAGGUCAUGGCAGACUAGACCACAACACAGAUUUCUUCACUGAACCUAUGGAAUUCAACAAUCUUCCCAACUCUAUGUUGGUUUACAUCCCCUGCAGAACCGCUAUUGUUCUGGCCAACGAGAAAAUCGAUUACUGCUACUGAAACACAAUCAGCGAUUCACCGCGAGAUGGAAACCCAGCACACUUCUGUGACUCAUCCUAACUCCAUUCACAGCGCGUUUGCCAUCAUCCUUUAGAAAGCCCAAAUUUUCCAGAGAAUUCAGUACAAGAUGUUAUGAAUACUUUCUAUCCCAUUCCUUUUCAAGUCAUUUUUUUUCUGUCAUUGUUCACAGAUUAUUGAUUAUCAAGUAUUAGUUUCUCAAUAACCCACUUUCCAACUGAGCUAAAGUUUAAUUGCCAAACCCUGUUAUGCUAAAGUUCAAACAAAACUUUAUUCAUAUGGUUAGAUCAUCGCCAGAUCUUAAUUACUACUGAAAUUUCUAUUUAACAAGUGAAUAAUGUUAUCACUUGUAUUGUGGUCAGUAUUAUAAGCGAUAUUAGUCAGCACUGUAUUUAUAAUACUGUUAUUGUGAGAAGUAAAUAUAAUUACUUUCCAUAAGUCUGAUUUGUCUGCUAUUUAAUUUGACACAAGCACUUGUUGACAUUCUGUGUAAGUGAUAUUCUGUAUAAAUAUGUAUGUGCACCAAGUAUUCAUCCAAGUUAAAAUAAUCAUAAUAAAUCGUUUGAGAAUGACAUAUUGAUUACAAGUCAGUUCAGUGCUGAGCUCUUGAAUUAUAUAGUUUUUUAAAUCAAAGUUAUAUUUUUUCUAGUGCCUUUAAAACUUUUCAGUCAUAACCAGGUUUUGGUGAAUAUUAAUUUGACUAAAUUAGGUUUUUUUGUAUUCAUUCAUAAUAUAAAAUCUGAGAUAAUAUAGAAACUAUUUUUCUAAUUGCUUUUCAGACAGUUGUGUCGCUCAGUUUAAACAUCUUUUAUAAUACAUUUUAUUUCUUUCUUCAAUGACAACAGUUUUCUGUAACCCUGCUUGAGAUCCGGAAGUAAGAAAAUUAAUAUUAUAAUCUUAAAGCUGCUCUCCUCAAGGUGUCAUUGGAAGAUCAUCUUGUUUUGUGGUCCUGGUUCGAAGAAACCUAAAUUUGCCCUCAAUGAAUCUGAUGCUCUCAUAGAUGUACAGUAAUGGGUAGCAUAAUCUGUCAUACUGAGAAAUUUAUAUUGUUUAUUUUUGUUAUUAUGAAAAUAUAGCAGCUAAUGAGAAGGUUUUAUUCAUGAAAACAAAACAAAAAUGCAUUGCAAAAAAAAUCCAAUCCAAAAGCUUGCAAGGUCCUUGUGAUGGUCAACAAAUAUUUGUGUGCAAAGUUAAACACUGUGCCAUUUGUGGGUGAAAGCCGUACUAUACUCAAAUAAAGCACUGCUGAAAGAAA